AAGGAUAUCUGGGCGGACAAGCCGGGCGAGUUUUCACUCCUAUUGGCGGGCCGUGGCCGGAAGUAGGUGUGGGCUGUCUUUCUGGAAGCUUCCGGUUGUGAGAGAAGCUGAAGCACGAUGGCGACCGACUCUUGGGCCCAGGCGGUGGACGAGCAGGAAGCGGCGGCCGAGACAGUGAGAGGAGGACCGGAGGGCCUGGAGCUGAACAAACUGCAGCUGAAAGAAGACAAAGAAGAAGCUCCAUCAUCCCAGCCGGAGAGUAAUGGCACAGACUCCACUGAUAACAAUGAGGUCGUUGAGAAAACGGGGACGGAGGAAGAUGAUAAAGAGGACAAGGCGGCGCAGUCGCUGCUGAAUAAACUGAUACGGAACAACCUGGUGAACACGACAAACAAAGUGGAAGUUCUGCAGCGGGACCCCAACUCUCCACUUUAUUCAGUAAAGUCCUUCGAAGAGCUAAGACUGAAGCCACAACUCCUACAAGGUGUGUACGGCAUGGGCUUCAACCGGCCCUCCAAGAUCCAGGAGAACGCCCUGCCCAUGAUGCUGGCCGAACCGCCUCAGAAUCUGAUCGCUCAGUCCCAGUCCGGGACGGGGAAGACGGCCGCCUUUGUCCUGGCCAUGCUGUCCCGGGUCAAUCCUGCAAACAAAUACCCCCAGUGUCUCUGCCUGUCCCCCACCUAUGAACUGGCCCUGCAGACCGGGAAGGUCAUUGAGCAGAUGGGGAAGUUUCAUCCGGAUCUGAAGCUGGCCUACGCUGUCCGAGGCAACAAAUUGGAACGCGGGUACAAGCUUCCAGAGCAGAUUGUCAUCGGGACCCCCGGGACAGUGCUGGACUGGUGCUCCAAGCUGAGAUUCAUCGAUCCGAAGAAGAUCAAAGUGUUUGUAUUGGAUGAAGCCGAUGUCAUGAUUGCCACACAGGGCCACCAGGAUCAGAGCAUCCGAAUCCAGAGGAUGUUACCCCGGGACUGCCAGAUGCUGCUCUUCUCUGCCACCUUUGAAGAUUCAGUCUGGAAGUUUGCCCAAAAAGUGGUCCCCGAGCCCAACAUCAUCAAACUGAAGAGGGAGGAGGAAACUCUGGACACCAUCAAGCAGUAUUAUGUGCUCUGCAACAGCCGGGAGGAGAAAUUCAAAGCCCUCUGCAAUGUAUACAGCUCCAUCACCAUCGCCCAGGCUAUGAUCUUCUGUCAUACGCGUAAGACCGCAUCAUGGCUUGCGGGAGAGCUGUCCAAAGAAGGCCAUAAGGUGGCGCUGCUGAGCGGAGAGAUGAUGGUGGAGCAGAGAGCCGCUGUGAUCGAUCGGUUUAGAGACGGGAAGGAGAAGGUGCUGGUGACCACCAACGUAUGCGCCAGAGGUAUCGAUGUGGAGCAGGUGUCUGUCGUGAUGAACUUUGACCUUCCCGUGGACAAAGACGGCAACCCAGACAACGAGACGUAUCUCCACAGGAUCGGGCGCACCGGGCGUUUUGGCAAGCAAGGCCUGGCUAUCAAUAUGGUGGACAGCAAACACAGCAUGAACAUCCUCAACCAAAUCCAGGAGCACUUCAAUAAGAAGAUUGAGAAGCUCGAUACAGACGACAUCGAUGAGAUUGAGAAGAUCGCCAACUGAAAGUUUCCACCACCAUUCUCCACCGCGUUCUCCUUACCAACGGCCAUAGGGAUGGCGGCAUUCUCCGACCACCAGCGCCAAAAUUGCCUCGUAUGUUAUCACGAACGCCGCCCCCCCUCCUUCUCCCCGGGGAGAACGAACUUUGAACUUUUUUUUUUUAGUCUAGCCUUAGAGGAAAUCUUUUAAGACUGUCGGCCGCUCUUUUUCUGGAGGACCAGUUGCCGCCGCCGUUAUCUAUUGCCAGUGAUGGCGGUGAGGAGGGGUUGAUUUAUUCUUACAUUGGACUUAAUUUUUUUAUUUUUAUUUUCCCCUUUUCUGCUUGAACUAUUGCUGAAUAUUUAGCCAGCUUUGGUGCAAUUUUUGGACUUUAAACCUUUAUAACAAUUUGAGACCAUUUUAUUUCUAAACUGGGAUUCGGGGUUUUGUUUUUUUUUGGACCUCGUCACUAUGUAAGGGGGACAAAUCUAAAUGAAGAAAAACGACCCAAGUUUGGCUUGAUGUCUCUUCACAUGCACUUGCUUAUCUUAAGGUUUUUUUAUGUUUUAUCUUGGCAACGGAAUCCUAUGAAUGACACUAUAGCUGUGUUCAAGUUUUUAGAGCAGAGUUUGGCUUGGGAAUGCUGUGUUCAAGACAGGUUUAGAAUUGGGAAUGCUGUUUUCGGAGAGGCAUGGGUAAGCCAGGCUUAGCUUUUGGAAUGCUGUAUUCUGGAGGGCAUGGGUAGGCCAGGCUUGGCUUUGGGAAGGCAUGGUAGGCCACGCUUGGCAUUGGUAAUGUCCAAUUUGGAAAGGCAUAG